GCGGGCGGCCGGAAGCGGGGCCGUGGGGGCGAGGAGGAGGGUGGCUGCGCCAUGAAGCCGGCCGUGGACGAGAUGUUCCCGGAGGGCGCCGGGCCGUACGUGGACCUCGACGAGGCAGGGGGAAGCACGGGCCUGCUGAUGGACCUCGCCGCCAACGAGAAAGCGGUGCACGCCGACUUCUUCAACGAUUUUGAAGAUCUCUUUGAUGAUGAUGACAUCCAGUGAACUUAGUCUUCCAGCUAUGUGGUGCUGAGAUGUGGAAUUCUGCUCUAGGAUCACCUAUGGUGUCCAUUAUUUAUUAAAAUAAUCAAAACAGAAAAACCACAGAGAGGAAAAAAAACAUGUAAGCUUCUCGGUAAUAUGAAAAACAGAUUGUUAAAGAUAACUAUAAAAGUAAUUGUGGACUGCUACCUCUAGGAAGCUGUGUAAGGGGUUUUUUUUUUUUUUUGUUGUUUUUUUUGAGUUUGUUUCUUUUUAACUUUAUUUGCUAAUGUGCUCAUUUAAUAAAAUCUUGACAAAAUCUCCUUCUGGAGUGUACUGUGAAA